GUAGUAUGUAAACGGAUAAAUCAUUUAAUACUAAUCCCUUCAUCUCUCCAAUUGCACUGACCCACCACCUCUCAUCUGAUAGACCAUUGCCAUGUCCAGCUCAUCGCCAUUCAAGCUGAGAGUUGCGAUCUGUGGUGGCGGGAUCAGUGGUCUCUGCCUUGCAGUCGCGCUUUCCCGAUGCCCAAACAUACAAGUGCAAGUAUACGAAGCAACAGAUCGUUUCAAGGAAAUAGGUGCUGGCGUCAUGAUAUGGGCUAGAACCUGGAAGAUCCUUGAGCUGUUGGGAUUGGGGUCAGCGUUCUCCAAGAUCGCACAUUCUCCUCCGGACGGAUCUAUUGGAACUGGAUUCGAUUUUCGUAGGUCUGACCAACCUGAGGAAGGCUCACGAUUCCAUUUGGUGCAAAUGCCCUAUGGCUGUAUACGUUUUUACAGGGUAGAUUUCUUAGAUGCAUUCGUUGAAGCCCUUCCUCCAAACGUAGCUCAUUUCGGAAUGAGACUUGUUUCGUAUUCUCAAAACGCCAGUGCCAGCGAAAUUUCGCUCCAAUUUUCCAAUGGCACCACCGCCACUUGUGAUUUGCUUGCUGGUUGUGACGGUAUAAAAUCCUCCAUCCGAGCACAGCUCUACAGAGAGUGUUCCGAACGGUCUGGUGAUUCUACUUUGUUGAAAUUCAUUGAUCCUGUUUGGACGGGCACUAUUGCGUACAGGGGACUCAUACCGGUAGAACACUUGCCACCGUGUCAUCGCAGUAUUGCAGAUCCGAUGAUGUAUUGCGGCAAGAGUAAACAUGUCGUCAGCUACUCGAUUUCUCGGGGAAAGGUCGUCAACGUUGUCACAUUCGCAUCUGACCCAAAACGCGAAGGAGAACCACACAACGAAGACGUUUGGGUAACAAAUUGUCUACAGCAGGAAUUGCUUGAGUGCUAUUCCAAUUGGGAGCCAGAGGUAGAGCAAUUGCUUAAUCAAAUUGAGAAUCCAACUAAAUGGGCUAUACACCACCUUAGGCCAUUGCCAUUUUUCGUGGACAGAAAGAUCGCAUUAUUAGGAGAUGCUUGUCAUGCAAUGGCACCGCACGAGGGCGCGGGCGCAGGUCAAGCCAUCGAGGACGCAUUUAUUUUGGCAUCUCUACUUGAGCAAGUCUCAUCACUGGAGACCCUUCCCCUUGCAUUGGACGCAUACCAGCGUGUUCGCCUCCCGUUCGCAAAUCAUGUUUUGAAAGGAUCCUAUGAUUCUGGAUUGAUGUAUGAGUUCAAUAGCCAGUACGGGGAAGAUUAUGAGAUUCUUGGGCCGGCGAUAGAGAAACAAUGGGACUGGGUGGAAGAGCCAAGUCCAGAAGAGGAGCGGCUACGCGCAUUGCAGUAUCUAAAGGAUGCUAUCUCUUGGUUCUGAUACGUGAAUUCUGUAAUACAAAUUGAUGUCAAGGCUUAUCGUUAUUGCUUUAAUUUUUCGAUAAUCUGGGGAACUGCCUC